AUGGAAAAUGCACUACACGUGCAGAUAAAAUUUAAUCCCAAUUAAAUAUAAUCAGAGCAUUGGCCUUGAUUUGAUUUAUAGAUUGUUUGAGAUAAGCACGUAAAAAGGAGUGAUUCUGCAUUAUCAGAGUGCUACUUUAUAAGACUGAGUAUCAAGGUGACUUUGUCAAAUUAGCUGACAGCAAAAGAACUGUUCAAAUCAUGUACCAGUCAACAGUUGAAGAAAUUUUAGAGAAAUAUGUACCGGAGAAGGAAUUAGAUGAAGUAAAACGAAUUUUAUAUGGACGUACAUUAUUACCAUUAAUUGAGAAAUGUGAAGAUGAGGAAUUUGAAAUACAAGGCUGGAUAAUGAAAAGCGAGAUCGUAGAAGAGCUUCGUCCUCCACGUUUAGUUCGUGUUGGACUGGUACAACAUAAGAUUGCAUUACCAGUAACACAGCCUAUUAUAGAACAACGAGAUGCGAUACAUAAGAAAAUUGCAUCGUAUAUCACAAAAGCAGCUCAAUUCAACGUUCAAAUUUUAUGUCUUCAAGAAGCAUGGCCUAUGCCAUUUGCUUUUUGUACAAGAGAAAAGUAUCCGUGGUGCGAAUUUGCAGAGGAAGCUGAGGCUGGACCCACGACUAUAUUUCUGUCUAAAUUUGCUAAAGAGCACAACAUGGUAAUUAUAUCGCCGAUUUUAGAAAGGGACUCUGCUGAUGGCGAUACUAUCUGGAAUACUUGUGUAGUGAUUAACACGGAUGGUAAAGUCCUUGGGAAACAUAGGAAGAAUCAUAUUCCCCGUAUCGGGGAUUUUAACGAAUCCACUUAUUAUAUGGAAGGCAAUACGGGACAUCCAGUUUUUGAUACAUCUUAUGGACGCAUCGCAAUUAAUAUAUGUUAUGGACGUCAUCAUCCAUUGAACUGGUUGAUGUUUGGUUUAAAUGGAGCAGAAAUUGUUUUUAAUCCAUCAGCAACCGUUCAAGGAUUAUCCGAACAUUUGUGGCCAAUUGAAGCAAGAUGCGCUGCUAUAGCGAACAGUUAUUAUACUUGUGCUAUUAAUCGCGUGGGUACCGAGGUUUUCAAUCAUGAAUUUACAUCUGGUGAUGGAAAACCAGCACAUCGAGAUUUCGGACAUUUCUAUGGCUCCAGUUAUAUUACUGCCCCUGAUGGUACGCGAACUCCAGGUUUAAGUCGCUAUAAAGAUGGACUCUUGAUUGGAGAAUUGGAUCUAAAUCUAUGUCGACAAACGAAAGACAUUUGGGGAUUCCGAAUGACACAAAGACUGGAAAUGUAUGCUAAAGAACUAGCUGAAUUCAUAAAGCAGAAAUGAGAUUUAGGAAGAAUAUUUACAGAAUAAUAUUGUUUAAUAAAUAAUUUCUGAAUCUAUAAUUAUCUUUCCACAAUAUUAAAGAUUUAUU